CUUCACCCAGCCCCCUCCGGCUUUGAAAUAUCCAAGAGUGUCAAUUUCACGGUAUCGUUAACAAAUCCAGCGGUUCACGCAGUCCGGGAGGAAAGUGUGAAUUUCACUCUCGACCUGUUUGUGCAUUUCCUGGUGCAAGAGACACACAACAAAACUCCCCAUUUUUUUCCCCGUCUCCUUCUUCCCCGAGAGCCUGUUUACAAGGCAGCCACUUGCAGUGUAGUUCAGGUUCCUUCUUUUGCGUUGGUGCAAAUGUCUGUCCCCGCUCUCGGAACUUGACAAAGAAAAUCUGAAUUUUAUUUUUGUGCAUAGGUGGAACUUUAAAAAAAAACUUAUUUUUUUUCGUGCUAUUCGAGGUGGGUUGUAGGAAAUCGACCAUGUGAAUUUUUGGUGCAAACGUCAGAAGAGGAUUGUUGCAAAUUGUUGCAAAAGCAAAGAGCAAUAAACACGCACAGAGAGAGAGCGAGAGAGUCAGAGAGAGACAGACACACAAUCCCGUAAGAGCCAGAAGAGAGUGAAAAGAGAAGAGACCGAUUUCUCUGACAAUUCCGUUUAGGGAGCAGAUGGAAAAGUGGAGACUUGUGAAGGGCUGUGAGGUUGGCUAAGGAUCCAGGAGCGAAAAGAGCCCGGCUGAUUGGAAGAAAAAAGCAGAGAGAUGGAGGCGGGGGAAGUGCAAUCUCUCUGCGGGGACUGGAGCGAGUCCACGCCCGGGGCCAGCGCUGCAGAGCUGGCUAGCAUUCAACCAGCGCUCCCCAGCUAAAGCACCCAAAAAAAGCAGUCCCCAAGCGCCUUCUCCAGCCUGGCUGGUUUGCAGAGUGAAGCUUGGUUGAUUUAAGGUGGAUUGAGAGCCAGCAGGAUCACCUUUGGGUCAGACAGGCAGAGAAUGAACGGAGAAGCAGAUAGUCCUGCCGACUUGGAAAUGACAGCUCCCAAGAAUCAAGACCGUUGGUCCCAGGAGGACAUGCUGACCCUGCUGGAGUGCAUGAAGGGCAUCCUGCCCUCCAACGACGGCAGCAAAUUCAAAACCACCGAGUCCCAUCUGGACUGGGACAAAGUGGCCUUCAAGGACUUCUCUGCCGAGAUGUGCAAGAUGAAGUGGAUGGAGAUCUCAACCGAGGUGAGGAAAUUCCGAACCCUGACAGAGGUGAUCAUGGAUGCAGAGGAGCAUGUAAAGAAUCCUUACAAAGGCAAAAAGCUCAAGGUAGGUAAUAGACAGGAGCGGGGCCGACAAAUGGGGACCAUAGAAUCAAAGCCCCUGACACCCUACUUCCGCUUCUUCAUGGAGAAGCGAGCCAAAUAUGCCAAGCUGCACCCCGAAAUGAGCAACCUGGAUCUGACCAAAAUCCUGUCCAAGAAAUACAAGGAGCUCCCCGAAAAGAAAAAGAUGAAAUACAUCCAGGACUUCCAGCGGGAGAAGCAGGAAUUUGAGCGGAACCUGGCAAGAUUCAGGGAAGACCACCCAGAUCUUAUUCAGAACGCCAAGAAGUCGGACGUCCCCGAGAAACCCAAAACCCCCCAGCAGCUGUGGUACAAUCAAGAGAAGAAGAUCUACCUGAAAGUGCGUCCGGAUGCCACCACGAAGGAGGUGAAGGACGCGCUGGGCAAGCAGUGGUCUCAACUCUCCGACAAAAAGAGACUGAAAUGGAUUCAUAAGGCCCUGGAACAGCGAAAGGAGUACGAGGAGAUCAUGCGGGAUUACAUCCAGAAGCACCCGGAGAUGAACCUGAGCGAGGAGGGCAUCACGCGCUCCACCCUCACCAAGGCAGAACGGCAACUCCGCCUCCGGGGUGGGGAAGGAGUGGUGACCCCACCGCCGUGGUUGCUCCACAGGAACAGCUACUCUCUGUACUGUGCGGAGCUGAUGGCCAACAUGAAGGACGUCCCCAGCACGGAGCGGAUGGUGCUGUGCAGCCAGCAGUGGAAGCUGCUUUCCCAGAAGGAGAAGGAUGCGUACCACAAAAAGUGUGAUCAGAAAAAGAAAGAUUACGAAAUCGAACUCCUUCGCUUCCUGGAGAGCCUGCCUGAGGAGGAGCAGCAGAGGGUGCUGGGGGAAGAGAAAAUGCUGGGAGUGAACAAGAAAGGCGCCACCAGCCCUGCUUCCAAAAAGUCAUCGCCAGACACUGGCAAGGCAGGUUCUGAGAAACCCAAACGGCCCAUUUCCGCUAUGUUUAUCUUCUCGGAGGAGAAGCGAAAGCAGCUGCAGGAAGAGCGACCCGAACUUUCCGAGAGCGAGCUGACCCGGCUGCUGGCGCGGAUGUGGAACGACCUUUCAGAGAAGAAAAAGGCCAAGUACAAAGCCCGCGAGGCUGCCAUGAAGGCGCAGUCGGAGAAGAAGCACGGCGCGGACAAGGAGGACCGCGCCAAGCUGCCCGAGUCGCCCAAGACGGCCGAAGAGAUCUGGCAGCAGAGCGUCAUCGGAGACUACCUGGCUCGCUUCAAGAACGACCGGGGCAAGGCGCUGAAGGCCAUGGAGGCCACUUGGAACAACAUGGAGAAGAAGGAGAAGCUGAUGUGGAUCAAGAAGGCGGCGGAGGAUCAGAAGCGAUAUGAGAGAGAGCUGAGUGAGAUGAGGGCCCCCCCGUGCUCCACAAACUCCUCAAAGAAGAUGAAGUUCCAGGGAGAGCCGAAGAAACCCCCCAUGUCUGCUAGGAGGUAUCAAGGAGCUGCCGGAUUUACUCCAUUGACUAUUCUUCUUUCCCUCCCUCCUCCGCAGAAGCGUAAGAACAUGGGGAAGGUGCGGGGGCCGAACCCCAAAAUGAAGCCCGCCAUGCAGAUCAAGUCGGAGUCCGAGGAGGAGGAUGACGACGAGGAUGACGAGGAAGAAGAGGAGGACGACGAGGACGACGAGGAGGAGAACGGGGACUCGUCCGAGGAAGGCGGGGACUCAUCGGAGUCGAGCAGUGAGGAGGAGAGCGAGGAUGGGGAUGAGAACGAGGACGACGAGGAGGAGGACGACGACGACGAGGACGAAGACAAUGACUCCGAGGGCAGCAGCAGCUCCUCCUCCUCCUCAGGCGAUUCCUCCGACUCGGACUCCAACUAAAACGCCCAAAGCGCCACCUUCUUGCCGUACUUUCAGUAAUCCCCCCCCACACCCCGACCAGUAAUAUCCUGGCUGGAGCUCUGGGUAGAUGGUUGCAGGGAGGGGGAUGGGAAAAAUCACUGUGGCUAAUUUUUUUUCCCCCCUCCCUCUUAAAGAUUUUCACACUAAUGGGGUGGUGGUGGGGAAGCUGAUAAAAGGCUUUUUUUGCAGG